AUGCCGAAGCUCACCCGCUCGCAGUUCGAGCUAGCGAAGUUCACGUUCUAUCUCAUGACCCCGAUCACGAUCAUGUACUACGUCGGGAUCGAUACGGACCGCAAGUUCAACGUCCCCGGCUACUGGCCAGACCCGGACACGCUCAACAAGAUCCCGAAGGAGCCGCACGAGAUCCAGGCGGAGUUGGCGAGAAUCAGACAGGCGAAGAUCGAGAAGAGACGCAGACUCGAGGAGAAGGCCAAGCUGCUUGGGAUCACGCCGGACGAGGAGGAGGAGCAGGACCGGGCCGCAGCCGAUGGCAGCACGCAGGACGCCGUCGAGGCAGUACUGACCACCGACGAGUAG